AUGGGGUUUGGCAGGGGGAUACGGGUACCAGAAUGGGCUUUCCUGUUAGCAGUUUGCUGUCUCCAUCAGAUAGCUUCCGCUACAGUUUCAUCUAAUGUCAACAUCAUCCAGCCAAUGCUGACAAAUCUAGUAAUAACACCUUCCAAUCCUGCUCACAAUGGCCGCGUGUGCAGCACAUGGGGCAACUUCCACUUCAAGACGUUUGAUGGAGACAUAUUCACCUUCCCUGGGCUCUGUAAUUAUGUUUUUGCAUCCCAUUGCAACGCUCCCUACGAGGAUUUCAACAUCCAGAUUAGGCGCAUGGUGGUGGGAAAUUCUCCAACAAUCAACCGUAUCACCAUGAAACUUGAAGGUGUAGCUGCUGAACUAACAAAGGAUGUUGUCAUGAUCAACAGCAACAAAGUUCAACUGCCAUACAGCCAAUCUGGAAUUAUGAUAGAGAAGAGCAGCAUUUAUGUGAAAGUUGUCAGCAAAGUGGGUAUUGUGUUAAUGUGGAAUGAAGAUGACAGCAUCCUGCUGGAAUUGAAUGAGAAAUACGCCAAUCAGACCUGUGGACUUUGUGGGGACUUCAAUGGCUUGCCAAUUUACAAUGAGUUCUAUUCAAACAAUAUUAAGAUGACAGCCUUGCAGUUUGGGAAUAUGCAGAAAAUGGAUGGCCCAACAGAACACUGUGAAGACUCUACAUCUACCCCGACAGCUAAUUGCACUGAUAAUUCUGAUGACAUAUGCCAGAAAACAUUGACUAGCUCUGCAUUUGCAGAGUGUAAUAUCCUAGUUGAUGUUAGAGAAUACAUUAUGGCUUGCCAAGAAGACUUGUGCCGCUCUGAAGAGUCUAAAAAUGCCUCAUGUAUCUGUGACACCUUUGCUGAAUACUCCCGGCAGUGUACUCAUGCUGGUGGGAGUCCCCUGAACUGGAGAACCUCAAUACUGUGUCCGAAGAAGUGUCCUUACAACAUGGAGUACCAGGAGUGCAGCUCCCCCUGUGCUGACACAUGCACCAAUCCUGGACGAUCUCAGUUUUGUGAAGAACACUGCAUGGACGGUUGUUUCUGCCCCCCAGGGACUGUAUUUGAUGAUAUCAACAAUUCUGGCUGCAUUCCCCUUCAGCAGUGCUCCUGCGUUUACAAUGGCAACACCUACGCUACAGGAGCUUCUUUUGCAGAGCAGUGCCGUUCCUGUACCUGUAAUGGAGGCCAGUGGAGUUGCCAAGACAUGUCAUGCCCAGGAACAUGUUCAGUAGAGGGAGGUUCACACAUUACCACAUAUGAUAAAAACCAUUACGAUUACCAUGGAGACUGCACAUAUGUCCUUUCUAAGCACUGUAAUGAUGAAAUCUUCAUCAUCCUGGUAGAACUGCGCAAAUGUGGCCGAACAGACACUGAGACAUGCUUAAAGACAGUGACCCUCAACAUGAAUAAAGGACAAACUCUCAUCGAGGUCAAACCUGAUGGCCAUGUGUUUGUGAACUCAAUCUACACCCUGCUGCCCUUCUCAGCAGCUAAUGCCACCGUGUUCAGACCUUCAUCAUUUUUCAUCAUCGUGCAGACAAAAUUUGGUGUCCACCUUGAAAUCCAAAUCACACCCAUCAUGCAAGUAUAUGUGCGGCUGGAUCCUAUUUUCAAAGACCAGACCUGUGGUCUCUGUGGAAAUUUCAAUAAUAUCCAAACUGAUGACUUCAAGGCCAUAAGUGGAAUAAUUGAAGGAACAGCAACAGCAUUUGCUAAUACAUGGAGAACUCAGGCUUCAUGCCCCACUACCCAGCGCAGUUUUGAGAACCCCUGUGCGCUCAGCAUUGAAAAUGAAAAAUAUGCUCAGCAUUGGUGUGGACUACUAACAAACAGCCAAGGACCUUUUGCUGAUUGUCACUAUGCAGUGAAUCCCUCUGUUUACCACACGAACUGCAUGUUUGACACAUGUAACUGUGAAAAUAGCGAGGACUGUCUGUGCGCAGCCCUGUCUUCCUAUGUGAGAGCUUGUGCUGCAAAAGGAAUCCAGCUGAGUGGAUGGAGGACUGAUGUCUGCUCAAAAUACACCACCUCAUGUCCCAAAUCCCUAAGCUACAGCUAUACCAUCUCUUCCUGUCAACCCACUUGUCGGUCUCUGAGUGAGCCUGAUGUCACUUGCAACAUUAAGUUUGUCCCAGUUGAUGGCUGCACCUGCGUAAAUGGAACCUACAUGGAUGAGAGUGGCAAAUGUGUGCCUGCUAAUGAAUGUCCCUGCUACUACAGAGGAUCUCCCAUACCAUUUGGAGAAGUUGUCCAUGAAAAUGGGCUUGUAUGCACUUGCACUCAGGGAAGACUGAAUUGUAUUGGAGCACCCAGUCCAACUCCAGUCUGUGAAUCUCCUAUGGUCUACUUCGAUUGUAGGAAUGUCACUGCAGGAACAACUGGAGCAGAAUGUCAACAAAGUUGCCAGACACUGGAUAUACAGUGUUAUAGCACACAAUGUGUAUCUGGUUGCGUUUGCCCAGCUGGGCUUGUGUUAGAUGGGAAUGGUGGUUGUAUUCCUGAAGAGGAAUGUCCGUGUAUUCACAAUGAAGCCACGUAUCAGCCUGGGGAAAAGAUCAACGUUGACUGUAACACCUGUGUAUGCAAGAAUAGGAAGUGGGAAUGCACCGAAGAUGAAUGUCUGGGCACUUGUGCUGUUUAUGGAGAUGGUCAUUAUAAUACCUUUGACGACAAAAGAUUCAGCUUCAAUGGAAACUGUGAAUAUACACUAGUCCAGGACCAGUGUGGGACAGCCAAUGGGACCUUCAGGGUUGUCACUGAAAAUAUUCCCUGUGGCAACACUGGGACAACUUGCUCAAAAUCCAUCAAAGUUUUCUUAGAGAGCUAUGAACUGAUACUUGGUGAGGAGCGUGUCAGUGUCAUAAAGAGAGGACAAAAUGCUGAGGUGCCAUACACAGUCCGCUAUAUGGGUAUGUACUUGGUAAUUGAGACCACAAGCGGACUGAUCCUCAUGUGGGACAAGAAAACCAGCAUCUUCAUGAAGCUCAGCCCUGAUUUUAAGGGCCAGAUAUGUGGCCUCUGUGGAAAUUAUGAUGGCAACAGCAUCAAUGACUUUACUACGAGGACUCAGUCUGUGGUACAGAAUGUCCUAGAGUUUGGAAACAGCUGGAAAGUAUCCUCUACCUGUCCUGAUGCUUCUAGCAUAAAGGACCCGUGUUCUACCAACCCUUAUCGAAAGUCCUGGUCAGAGAAGCAGUGUAGCAUCAUCAACAGUAACGUCUUUGCUGCCUGUCACUCUCAGGUUGAACCAGCAGAAUAUUACCAAGCAUGUGUGACAGAUGCUUGUGCAUGUGACACUGGAGGAGACUGUGAUUGCUUUUGUACAGCAGUAGCUGCCUAUGCUCAAGCAUGUAGUGAAGUUGGUGUCUGCAUAGCCUGGAGGACCCCAUCAAUCUGUCCACUGUUCUGUGAUUACUACAACCAACAAGGGGAAUGUGAAUGGCACUAUAAGCCUUGUGGAGCCUCCUGUAUGAAGACCUGUAGGAACCCAAGUGGAAAAUGCCUCCAUAACCUGCCAGGUUUAGAAGGCUGCUACCCCAACUGCCCACCAGACAAGCCAUAUUUUCAUGAGGAUCAGAUGAAGUGCGUCAAUCUCUGUGACUGUUAUGAUAAUGAAGAUGGAAAGAUAUACAGACGAGAUGAAUGUAAUUUAUGUGAAUGCACAUCAGAAGGUUUACAGUGCAAGUUUGAUGAUAAAGCAUGCCACUGCAUUUACGAAGGGAACAGCUAUAAAUAUGGUGAACUCAUCUACAACACCACAGAUGGAACUGGAUGGUGUUUCAGUGCAACAUGUGACGUCAAUGGAACAAUACACAGGAAUAUCUUUAAAUGUGGCAUCUUAACAACAACCACCACAUUUAUGUUUUCUACAACUCAGCCCACAACUACUGCUUCAGAAAUGACAACUGCAACGCCAGUGACAACUGUAUGUGUGAAGAAUGUAUGUGCAUGGACAGAAUGGUAUGAUUCCACAGAGCCUGAAAACAAAGAGGACAGUGGAGAUUAUGAAACAUUUGAAAAACUCAGAGAUAAAGGAUACAGCGUGUGUGAAAACCCUAACGGUAUUCAGUGCAGAGCCAAAGAACACCCAGAUACAGAAAUAAACAAUCUUAACCAAACGGUAGAAUGUAGUCAAAGCAGAGGAUUAAUAUGCAAUAACACAGACCAACAAUCUAAGCGCUGCUAUAACUAUGAAAUCAGAAUAUCAUGCUGCAGCUACAAACCAUGUUCAGAAAUACAAACUACAACACCAGGAACCACAGAAGCGUUCACAACAACUACUGCUAUAAAACCAACAUCUACAAUAGGGACAAGGAUAAAACCAACAACGCAAAAACAAACUGAAGCACAAAAAACCGGAGUAACUACAAGGUCACCAAAAGACACAGAAAGCCCGACUCCUCUAACUGAAACUUCAGUUACAGCGAAGACAUCACCAGUCUCAACAACAGGUUACCAGACCACAUCAACUCCAGCAGAAAUCACCACCAUGACAACCCAGGCACCAGCAUCACCCACUACUGCCUCCACCCACGCUCGGUCAGCAACGACAACCACCGCUGGCACCACGUUUGUACCCAGGACCACUGCCCCGCCAACACAAGGCACAACCACCAUCCUACCCACACCAGCAGUGCCCACCUCAUCCAGUAGCACCUCCAGAACCACUACAGAAACCACCACAGCAUCCACAGCCACCUCUCCUCCAGCAGAAACCUCCACUGUGGCAACGCAGCCUCCAACGCCAACCACUACCACUUCCACUGGCCCCAAACCAAAAAUAGAAACCACUGCUGGCACCACCAUUGCCCCCACUACCACUGCCCCACCAACACAAGGCAUAACCAUCAUCACUACCACCAGCAGCGCCAGCACUGCCAAGACUUCUCCAGCUGCGACACCAGUAACGACCACCAUCCCACCCACACCGGCAGUGCCCACCUCAUCCAGUAGCACUGCCAGCACCUCCAGAACCACUGCAGAAACCACCACAGCAUCCACACCCACCUCUCCUCCAGCAGAAACCUCCACUGUGGCAACACAGCCUCCAACGUCAACCACUACCACCUCCACUGGCCCCAAACCAAAAACAGAAACCACCGUUGCCCCCACUACCACUGCCCCACCAACAAAAGGCACAACCAUCAUCACUACCACCAGCAGCGCCAGCACUGCCAAGACUUCUCCAGCUCCGACACCAGUAACGACCACCAUCCCACCCACACCGGCAGUGCCCACCUCAUCCAGUAGCACUGCCAGCACCUCCAGAACCACUGCAGAAACCACCACAGCAUCCACACCCACCUCUCCUCCAGCAGAAACCUCCACUGUGGCAACACAGCCUCCAACAUCAACCACUACCACUUCCACUGGCCCCAAACCAAAAAUAGAAACCACUGCUGGCACCACCGUUGCCCCCACUACCACUGCCCCACCAACAAAAGGCACAACCAUCAUCCCAUCCACACCAGCAGUGCCCACCUCAUCCAGCAACACUGCCAGCACCUCCAAGACCACAAACAGCUGCCAGCAGCAGUGUGCCUGGACGCAGUGGUUUGAUGUGGAUUCCCCUAGCCCUGGUAGUGAAAAUGGAGACAUAGAGACAUUUGCAAAAAUACGAGCCGCUGGGUAUGUACUGUGCGACAAGCCACAAGACAUCAAGUGCCGCGCUAAAGAUUACCCUGAUAGGAGUCUGGACAAACUGGGACAGGUAUUUGACUGCAGCCUUGAAACUGGUCUUGUGUGCAGAAAUAAGGAUCAGAUCAGAAAGUACCCCAUGUGCUUUGACUACGAGGUCAAGGUACUGUGCUGUGACUGUCACACAACAUCAGCACCCACAAGAACCACUGCAGGCUACACCACCACAGCUUCUACUGAAGCAACCUCCAUUCUGCCAACACAGCCUCCAAAGUCAACCACUACCACCUCCACUGGCCCCAAACCAAAAACAGAAACCACCGUUGCCCCCACUACCACUGCCCCACCAACAAAAGGCACAACCAUCAUCACUACCACCAGCAGCGCCAGCACUGCCAAGACUUCUCCAGCUCCAACAGAAGUAACAACUACCAUCCCACCCACACCGGCAGUGCCCACCUCAUCCACAGAAACCUCCACUGUGGCAACACAGCCUCCAACAUCAACCACUACCACUUCCACUGGCCCCAAACCAAAAAUAGAAACCACUGCUGGCACCACCGUUGCCCCCACUACCACUGCCCCACCAACAAAAGGCACAACCAUCAUCCCAUCCACACCAGCAGUGCCCACCUCAUCCAGCAACACUGCCAGCACCUCCAAGACCACAAACAGCUGCCAGCAGCAGUGUGCCUGGACGCAGUGGUUUGAUGUGGAUUCCCCUAGCCCUGGUAGUGAAAAUGGAGACAUAGAGACAUUUGCAAAAAUACGAGCCGCUGGGUAUGUACUGUGCGACAAGCCACAAGACAUCAAGUGCCGCGCUAAAGAUUACCCUGAUAGGAGUCUGGACAAACUGGGACAGGUAUUUGACUGCAGCCUUGAAACUGGUCUUGUGUGCAGAAAUAAGGAUCAGAUCAGAAAGUACCCCAUGUGCUUUGACUACGAGGUCAAGGUGCUGUGCUGUGACUGUCACACAACAUCAGCACCCACAAGAACCACUGCAGGCUACACCACCACAGCUUCUACUGAAGCAACCUCCAUUCUGCCAACACAGCCUCCAACGUCAACCACUACCACCUCCACUGGCCCCAAACCAAAAACAGAAACCACCGUUGCCCCCACUACCACUGCCCCACCAACAAAAGGCACAACCAUCAUCACUACCACCAGCAGCGCCAGCACUGCCAAGACUUCUCCAGCUCCAACAGAACCUCCAACGUCAACCACUACCACCUCCACUGGCCCCAAACCACAAAUAGAAACCACUGCUGGCACCACUGUUGCCCCCACUACCACUGCCCCACCAACAAAAGGCACAACCAUCAUCACUACCACCAGCAGCGCCAGCACUGCCAAGACUUCUCCAGCCCCAACAGAAGUAACAACUACCAUCCCACCCACACCAGCAGUGCCCACCUCAUCCAGUAGCACUGCCAGCACCUCCAGAACCACUGCAGAAACCACCACAGCAUCCACACCCACCUCUCCUCCAGCAGAAACCUCCACUGUGGCAACACAGCCUCCAACGUCAACCACUACCACCUCCACUGGCCCCAAACCACAAAUAGAAACCACUGCUGGCACCACCGUUGCCCCCACUACCACUGCCCCACCAACAAAAGGCACAACCAUCAUCACUACCACCAGCAGCGCCAGCACUGCCAAGACUUCUCCAGCUCCAACAGAAGUAACAACUACCAUCCCACCCACACCAGCAGUGCCCACCUCAUCCAGUAGCACUGCCAGCACCUCCAGAACCACUGCAGAAACCACCACAGCAUCCACACCCACCUCUCCUCCAGCAGAAACCUCCACUGUGGCAACACAGCCUCCAACGUCAACCACUACCACCUCCACUGGCCCCAAACCAAAAACAGAAACCACCGUUGCCCCCACUACCACUGCCCCACCAACAAAAGGCACAACCAUCAUCACUACCACCAGCAGCGCCAGCACUGCCAAGACUUCUCCAGCUGCGACACCAGUAACGACCACCAUCCCACCCACACCGGCAGUGCCCACCUCAUCCAGUAGCACUGCCAGCACCUCCAGAACCACUGCAGAAACCACCACAGCAUCCACACCCACCUCUCCUCCAGCAGAAACCUCCACUGUGGCAACACAGCCUCCAACAUCAACCACUACCACUUCCACUGGCCCCAAACCAAAAAUAGAAACCACUGCUGGCACCACCGUUGCCCCCACUACCACUGCCCCACCAACAAAAGGCACAACCAUCAUCCCAUCCACACCAGCAGUGCCCACCUCAUCCAGCAGCACUUCCAGCACCUCCAAGACCACAAACAGCUGCCAGCAGCAGUGUGCCUGGACGCAGUGGUUUGAUGUGGAUUCCCCUAGCCCUGGUAGUGAAAAUGGAGACAUAGAGACAUUUGCAAAAAUACGAGCCGCUGGGUAUGUACUGUGCGACAAGCCACAAGACAUCAAGUGCCGCGCUAAAGAUUACCCUGAUAGGAGUCUGGACAAACUGGGACAGGUAUUUGACUGCAGCCUUGAAACUGGUCUUGUGUGCAGAAAUAAGGAUCAGAUCAGAAAGUACCCCAUGUGCUUUGACUACGAGGUCAAGGUGCUGUGCUGUGACUGUCACACAACAUCAGCACCCACAAGAACCACUGCAGGCUACACCACCACAGCUUCUACUGAAGCAACCUCCAUUCUGCCAACACAGCCUCCAACGUCAACCACUACCACCUCCACUGGCCCCAAACCAAAAACAGAAACCACCGUUGCCCCCACUACCACUGCCCCACCAACAAAAGGCACAACCAUCAUCACUACCACCAGCAGCGCCAGCACUGCCAAGACUUCUCCAGCUCCAACAGAAGUAACAACUACCAUCCCACCCACACCGGCAGUGCCCACCUCAUCCAGUAGCACUGCCAGCACCUCCAGAACCACUGCAGAAACCACCACAGCAUCCACACCCACCUCUCCUCCAGCAGAAACCUCCACUGUGGCAACACAGCCUCCAACGUCAACCACUACCACCUCCACUGGCCCCAAACCAAAAAUAGAAACCACUGCUGGCACCACUGUUGCCCCCACUACCACUGCCCCACCAACAAAAGGCACAACCAUCAUCACUACCACCAGCAGCGCCAGCACUGCCAAGACUUCUCCAGCUCCGACACCAGUAACGACCACCAUCCCACCCACACCAGCAGUGCCCACCUCAUCCAGUAGCACUGCCAGCACCUCCAGAACCACUGCAGAAACCACCACAGCAUCCACACCCACCUCUCCUCCAGCAGAAACUUCCACUGUGGCAACACAGCCUCCAACAUCAACAACUACCACCUCCACUGGCCCCAAACCACAAAUAGAAACCACUGCUGGCACCACCGUUGCCCCCACUACCACUGCCCCACCAACAAAAGGCACAACCAUCAUCACUACCACCAGCAGCGCCAGCACUGCCAAGACUUCUCCAGCUCCAACAGAAGUAACAACUACCAUCCCACCCACACCAGCAGUGCCCAUCUCAUCCAGUAGCACUGCCAGCACCUCCAGAACCACUGCAGAAACCACCACAGCAUCCACACCCACCUCUCCUCCAGCAGAAACCUCCACUGUGGCAACAAAGCCUCCAAAAUCUCUCACCACUGCCUCUCCCCUCCCCGCAUCAGCAACAACAACCACCUUCACACCCAGCAUAACACCAUGUUUUUGUCACGUGUUUGGCAGUUUGUUUUCUCCUGGGGAAGUUGUAUACAACAGGACAGAUAGUGCUGGCUGUAAUUUUUAUGCACUUUGCAGCAAGGAAUGUGAAAUUGACCCAUUCCAGGGGCCAUGUCCUUCGACAACUCCUUUCACUUCAGUUGCUGCAGAAACUACAACAGAAGCUACCUUAUCUUCUGUCUCACCAACCACAGCAACAUCUCUCACAACUUCAGUAGAAAGAAACUGUACUGAUGUCAAUCCUCCACGAAAGCCUGGAGAGAACUGGAUAAGUGAAUGCCAGAAGUGUGUCUGCGACCCACUCACUGCUACCGUACAAUGCCAGCCGCUUCCGUGCACAACAGUUCAGUCACCAGUUUGUGACCUAGGAUUUGUUUCCAUGCCUGUACUACCACCAAAAGACAUAUGUUGUCCCGAAUUUAAAUGCAAACAAAUACCUGGCAUCUGUGUGAUUGACGGUAGAACGUACACGGUUGGGAUGUCAACAGUAAUCGAUUCAUGUAAGAAAUGUACCUGCAGUUCUGAGAAAGAUCCAGUGACUGAGGCAAAUAUUGUGCGCUGUGAAACAGUUCAAUGUGAAACAUCUUGCCCACCGGGUUAUCAAUAUAUGACUCAGGACGGACAGUGCUGUGGGAAGUGUAUUGAAGUAUCUUGCACAAUCAAACUAAGUAACAACACUGUUCACGUGCUCAAUGUUGAUGAGAUCCUGCCACUCGACCAGUGCAGCCAUUACAAAUGUGAAAAAAUUGAAGAUCAAUUUGUUACAGUCCAGACUAAAAAAGUAUGCCCUGAGUACAACCCAGGAGAGUGCGAUCCUGAUGAAGCAGAGACUACUCCUGAUGGCUGCUGCAAAAUAUGUAAACCUCCAAACUGCAAACCUUACAGCAAAAAAACUGUGAUCCGCCACGGUGACUGUGAAUCUCCUGAACCUAUUGAGCUGUCAUACUGUGAAGGAACUUGUCCUGGCUCCUCAGUGUAUUCUCUUGAAGCAAACCAGAUGCAACAUGAUUGUAGUUGCUGCCACGAGUCCAACAGCCAAACAAGAGAGGUGACCCUGAUUUGCCAAAAUGGAACAAGCAUAAGUUAUAACUAUGUCUACGUGGAACAAUGCCAGUGUAUGAACGCAUGCUCUUCGGAAACUUCUGCACCAUCUGGCUCCCAACUGAAACAAACUGCAGCAUAUGGUUCCCAACUGAAAAGCAGCAGAAGGAGGAGAUGAUGAUUGCAAAAAAAAAGCAGAGACCCUAGGGAAGCUGGAAUCAUUUUUGCCUCAGUUUUUUUAUUUGUGCUCCUUCUAUAACAGAUUUUACAUCAGUUUCUGUUACCACCUUUUGGAAAAGGUAUAUAACAUGUUUUGGAAAAAAAAAGGUUUAGGGGGUCUCUAGAAAACAAAACCAGAAACCAUUGUAGCUCUAUUGCACUUAACUCUUGUGCCUAGAGAAAGCUUUAUUGCAUGUCAUUUUUAUGGAUGUAAUAGUCCUAACAGACAUCACAGUGACAGGGAAAAGACUGUUUUCUUGUUCAUUUUGUCUCUUAUUUGAUCAAUAAAGCUUUCAGCAUUUUUCAAUUUCUGUGACUGGUGACUAUUUGAUAUCCAUCUUUAUUACCUAAAUGACAGAGGGUCCACUGGCAUCAGGGAGUUUUCUAACUCAGACAGGUAUAUUCUCUAACAGCCUCUGGGAAUGAAGACACUCUCAAACCCCCUUUUCUGGAUGAGGUUAAAUUCUCUCAGCCAAGUCUAAAUAGCUCUGCUUGUUGGCGUAAAAGGUAGAGACAAACCACCGCCUCGUUUUCUCACUGUAUUCUAGUUGCCAAGCUGGUGGGAUAACAGGCAGGCUGUAGUUUGCUUUCCCUAUAAUUAAUGGAGAGGUCCAGAAGACAAGUAUAAAAAAAAGAGGAAGGGAAAACUAUUAAUCACUAGCCUUUCAUGUUCUUGAUCAAAAUGUAUCUGUGUGUAGAAAUCACCACUUGCUUCUUCAGUUGAAGAAACAAACCUAUAUAUGAAUGAAAGCUCCAAUUAGGUGAAGAAUACUUAAAGUGAAGUCAAUGAAGUUAGUAAAAUCAGAAAACUCUCCUGCCCAUAAUUUUCACAGCAUUUGCAAAGAAGUUCAGGAUAUGUUUUCAAACUGUGCAUUUGUUUCCUGUGCUAUCUGAGAUUCAGAACGGAUUUACACUAGUGAGAAAAUUG